AUGACGAAAAGAGACGCGAAGAAGAAGACAAAAUUCUUCAAAGUGUUACACAAACAAGUCGCAGAAAUUGCAAAGGGUGUUAAAUACACAGAAUCUAUAAAAACAUCUUGGAGGCCACCUAGACACAUUCGUAACCAGACAGAAGAUGAUUGGGACAAUUUUAGAAGGGAAAAAGGAAUUCAAGUUGAGGGGGAAGACUGCCCACCAGCUAUUGGAAGUUUUUUGGAAAUGAAAUUGCCUUCUUCAAUCAUUCAUUUACUCAAAGAAAAGAAAAUUUAUAUUCCAACAGGCAUUCAAAUGCAAGGAAUUCCAGUUGGUUUAAGUGGACGUGAUAUGAUUGGAAUUGCUUCAACAGGUUCUGGAAAGACUUUAACUUUUGUUAUUCCAAUAAUAAUGUUUGCUUUGGAACAAGAAAUUGCUUUGAGAUUUAAAAAAGGAGAAGGGCCUUAUGGUUUAAUUAUUGUCCCGUCAAGAGAAUUGGCAAAACAAAUUUCUGAUGUAAUUCAAUGGAUUUGUGAUUCUUUGCCAAAUUGUGAUUUUCCUGAAGUUAGAGUUGGGUUGUCUAUUGGUGGAUUUCCUAUUAAAGACCAAGCAAGAGUUUUUGAAAGAGGUGUUCAUAUAGCUGUAGCUACUCCCGGUCGUCUUUCUGAUAUGUUAAACAAAAAGAUUUUGAACCUACAAGUUUGUCGUUAUUUGGUUCUUGAUGAGGCGGACAGAAUGUUGGAUAUGGGAUUUGAAGAAGAAUUGCGUUCCAUCUUUUCUUAUUUUAAGGGACAACGUCAAACUCUUCUAUUUUCAGCAACUAUGCCAAAGAAAAUUCAAAAUUUUGCAAAAUCAACACUUGUUCGUGCUAUUGUUGUAAAUGUUGGAAGAGCUGGAGCUGCUUCAUUAAAUGUUGUUCAAGAAUUUGAAUAUGUUAGAAGUGAUGAAAAAUUGGUAAAAAUUCUCAAUUGUUUGCAAAAAACACCUCCAAGAGUUUUAAUUUUUGCUGAGAAAAAAGCUGAUGUUGAUCAUAUUUGUGAAUAUUUGUUGGUAAAAGGAAUUGAAGUUGCUUCAAUACAUGGAGGAAAAGAUCAAAAAGAUAGACAUUCGGGAGUGGAUGCUUUUAGACGUGGAGAAAAGGAUGUUUUAAUUGCUACAGAUGUUGCAUCAAAAGGAUUAGACUUUGAAAAUAUUCAACAUGUAAUUAAUUUUGAUAUGCCUGAAGAUAUUGAAAAUUAUGUUCACCGUAUUGGACGUACAGGAAGACGACUAGGUAAAUGUGGUAUUGCAACAACAUUUAUAAAUAGAAAAGCAGAUAUUUCUGUUCUUCUCGAUUUGAAACAUUUACUUAUCGAAGCAGGGCAACCUUUACCAGCAUUUUUAAAACAAUUGGCUGGGGAGGAUGAAGAAAGAGAACAACUUGAUGCUGCUAUUAUGCCUAAAGAAGAGAAAAAUGUUGUUGAUGAUGCAGAUAAGGGAUGCUCUUAUUGUUCUGGUUUGGGACACAGAAUUACAAAUUGUCCAAAAUUGGAAAGUGCAAGGUCCAAAACUGCUUCAAAUCUAAUGCAAAAGAGAACAGAAUUUUCUGGGCAUGAAGGCCUUUGA